AAGAAGACAACUACUUCCGGGUUACGGCUUCCCUGUGGUAGCAUGCUUGUUGGAAAUUUUUUAACCCGCUUAACAUAAUUUAUCCAAAGAUAAAAAAACAAAAUGAGCUCCCAGAAAGGAAACGUUUCUCGAUCGCGACCUCAGAAAUAUAAAAACACAAAGGCUUUUAAAAACGACAAAUACGGCGCGACUGUGCAAGUAAAAAAGGCCAAUUCAAAGAUCCACGAUGGACUCUGUCAACACUGCAAAGGAGUUCUUGAGUGGAAAGUCAAGUACAACAAAUACAAGCCUCUAACUCAGCUCAAAAAGUGUGUCAAGUGCUCUCAAAAGACUAUAAGAGAUGCAUAUCACAUCAUCUGCAAGCCCUGUUCGCUCCAGCUUGACGUCUGCUGCAAAUGUGGGAAGAAUGAGGAGAUUGUUAUACCGGUGAACUCACACCUGGACAGUAAUGAACAAGAAGAGGAAGAGCCAGAGAGAAAGAAAGGAAACAAGCGAGGGAAAAAAGAGGAGGAGGAUUUCGACUCUGAUGAAGAUUAUGAUGAUGAAGAUGAUGAUGACUUUGAGGAUGAAGAAGACCUUGCCAGAGACUCAAAACUAAAGAACACACAAAACAAAAGUGAUGUUAUCCCAGAUGUGUCUUUACUAAAUGUUAAAGAUUAACUUUUUUCUUUCCAUAUGUUCUGACUGAGUUCUGUACAAAAUUAGAUAUUUUAGACGUUCGGCCAAAAACCUGACGGAACAACAGAGAUUCUGGAUGUUGCAGGAAAAUAGGAUGAAAUCUACAGAUGGUUGAUUGAUCAUAUUUUGUAUUAUUGAUAAGUUACCUGUUUAUUGCAACUAAUUCAACCCUAAUGGAAGAGGUGGUUAAUAGCUAGAGUCAAAUUUGAAAUAUUUUAAAUUUUGACAGAAUAGUAUGAUGAAAACAGUCUUUUUUUUUUCAUAAAAUAUUA